AUGGAGGAUGGACAGAAUCUAGAUGGUCGUCAACCUAACCCUCAAGAGGUUAUUGUUCUGCCACCUCCCCCUGUUCCACAAUGUCAGGCUCCACAAGAGCAGAAUGCGGCUGAGCUGAACCCACCAGCAAGGCGAGCCACCUUGAGGGACGAAGAUGCUCACAACAGGCUAUUUGCGAAUCGGUCUGCGAUUCAACCUCCUGCUCCUGCGAGACAAAACUAUGAGAUUAAGCACAGUCUGAUCAAUUUGGUCCAGAAUCGUGUGUUUAAUGGAUUAGCCUCAGAGAGCCAUCUGGACCAUAUUCAAGCCUUUUGGAGAUUGGCUAGUACAACAAGGUCUAAUGGAGUUCCAUAUGAUUACCUCAUGCUGACUUUGUUCCAAUUCUCUUUAGGAGAUAAAGCAUUGAGAUGGCUAAAUCUCUUGGACCGAGGAUCACUUACCACUUGGGAGCAGUGUAGAGAAGCGUUUUUAAACCACUUCUACACUAAGUCACGAUCAGCUAUGUUAAGGAGCAAGAUCACUACCUUCUCACAAGGUGGUACAGAGUCUUUUUGUGAAGCGUGGGAGAAAUUCAAGGAGUAUAUGAGGGACUGUCCUCAUCAUGGCUUUUCACAAGAGAAUCUUAUGAACAUCUUCUAUGGAGGAAUUGACCAGAAGUACCAGAUGGCACUCGAUACUGCCAGCAGAGGAGAUUUUUCUACUAACACUGCCGCUGAAGCAAACCUCUUGAUCGAAAACCUUGCAGCGAGUAACAGCAAUUAUAGCCAUGAGUAUGAUCGUUCUGUGCGUGUUGUUAGCUCCGUGAAUACAGAUGUUAUUAAGAGUCUCACUGCAAAGGUAGAUCUUCUUUUGAAGAGAGAUGAGCAAGCUGUCAACAUGUGCGACGGGCAGACGGGUGCGUAUCAGCAAGUUGGAGUAAAUUCAGGUUUUGAGGGGACAGAGGAGCUGAACUAUGUAGGAGGACAAGGGAACUAUCAGAGUCAUGGGUUUAAUCAUUAUAGAAAUCAUCCUUAUCUCUCCUACAGAAGCACUAAUGUCGAGAAUCCUCAAGAUCAAGAGUAUCCUCCACAUAAUCAACAAGGUAACUUCUCGCAAGGAUUUCAGAACAAAGGUGUUGGAUUUAAUAGCUCAAAUACCCAAGGAUACCACGCUCCAUCUGCAGCUCCACAAGAUAACAAACUCGAAUUGAUGAUGCAAGCACUCUUGGAGGGCCAUAAGAAAAGUUCUGCUGAGAUUAAUGUCAAGAUUGAUAGCAUGUACAAUGAUUUGAAUGGAAAAUUUGAGAGGUUGAGUUCACGUGUUGAUUCCAUUGACAAGAGAGUCUCUGCUAUUUCUUCUAGCUCUAAGAAUAAAGAGUCAUGCAAUGCUAUCACACUCCAUAGUGGGAUCGAAGAUGGGCAGAGUUGUGCUGUGAUCAACUCAUGUUUAGCUUCCGUAGAGACAGGAUCGAUCAGUCUCGAGCCUAGAUCAGCCGGUCCCAUCCAUUCUGAUAAUUCGAGUUUGAUCCCCAGAGAUGUUGGAUCGACCGAUCCCCCUUAUAGAUCGAUCGAUCCCGUCAAUGAUGCAGAACCAGCUUCAAAAAGUCCCAUAUCGACCGCUCCACGUCUAGACCAGUCGGUCCCUGUUGUAGGUAUGAGAAAACCCAGCUCAGUUGUUCCUGAUGCAGAUUCCAAGGAAUCACUUCUUGUGGAACCAAAGCCCUAUAAGCCCUAUGUGAAGAAACCUCUGGAUGAAAAGAAGUAUGGUUGGUACAAAGAAGCUAUAAGUGAGUUCAUCGCUGACAUUCCCUUUACAGAGGCAGUAAAGCAUAUCUCUUUAUUGAAGAAGGUUUACAAUGAUGUUGUGGUUGAAGAAAAGGAUUUGGUGGAGCUUAAGGCGUUUUUGGCUAGAGAGAAGAACAUUCAUGCUCCAUCUUUGAAAAGACUACCCAAGUUAAAAGAUCCAGGAAAAUUUGUUCUUCCAUGCUCAAUCUUAGGAGUGAACUUUGAGGACUCCCUUUGUGACACUGGAUCUAGUUUGAACGUAAUGUCUAAAGCUAGUGCAGAGAGAUUGGGGAUUGAUGAUAUGAUGGCUUCUAAGGUCUCUCUUAAGUUUGCAAAUGCUGUCACCACGACUCCACAAGGCUUCAUUAAUAAUUUAGAUGUUCAAGUUGGGAGUUGCUUGGUUGCUACAGAUUUUCAUGUUGUGGAAAUGAGCAAGGGUUUUGAAAUGCCUUUGAUUCUUGGGAGACCUUUCCUAGCAACAGUGGGAGCAGUUGUUGACUUGCCAAAUACGAGGAUCAAUUUCUCUAACAUUGAUGAUAAAGUCUUCUACAACGCAAUCACUGCAAAUGAAGUUAUAAGACAUGGCUCUUGUCUAGUUGUAGAACAUGAGAAGAAGGUGGAUGUCAUGACAAUGGGAGAGAAUGGUGAUAAGAAUGAGGUCAAUGAAGUCCUGGAUGGAGACACUCAUUCUUCUAAGAAGAGUUCUAAGAAGGUUAAGAAGAGAGACAAGCCGAAGAUAGAGAGAGUAAUACAAGAUCUUCACAUAACCUUGGUACCCCAAAAAUAUGUUAGAGAUACCAUUGAGUACAAGGUGAAGUGUAAAGGAAUAUCUCGGCCUUUCUCUUAA